AAUCGGUUUCGCAAUCAGUGUGCUUGUUAAAUCCAACUAAAAGUAGCUGAUAGCUCAGGAAGCGCAAUAAGGUGGCAUGGAAGUCGAUAUCCAUCCUUUAACGGAUAACCCAACCUUAGCAUGGAAAGAAAUAUCCAAAACGCAGCGAGUGAUAAAAAUCAAUACCAAACCGCCCAGUCCGGAUGUUCCAAACAAUAAGGUUCGAGUAGUAUGCAUGUCCGAUACUCACUCGUUGACUCAUCACAUUAAGUUCGACAUUCCGGACGGAGAUAUUUUUAUUCACGCCGGUGAUUUCACCCGUUGUGGAAAGUUGGAUGAGGUUAUUGAGUUCAAUAACUGGCUGGAAAAACUACCACACAAGCACAAAUUGGUUAUUGCUGGUAAUCACGAAUUAAGUUUUGAUGAAACCUUUACGCAUCCGUUUCAAAACGCUAACACCUCAUGUUGCAAGAAAAUCACCGGAGUAAAUAUUUUGGAUGAAAUACCUACUCUGGGCAACUCAAAGGAGAGUCUGGCGGAAGCUGUACAAACGGAAAACAUCCGCCAGCACCUGAGCAACUGCGUCUAUCUGCAGGACGAAAGUAUCGAGCUGUACGGACUGAAAAUCUAUGGCACCCCGUGGCAACCGGAAUUUUGCAAGUGGGCCUUCAACGUAAAACGAGGCAAGGAUUGCCUGGAAAAGUGGGACCAGAUCCCCGAAAACGUAGAUAUCCUGAUAACGCACACCCCACCAGUCGGACACGGUGAUUUGUGCUGUUCGGGAGUGCGGGCCGGUUGCGUGGAGCUGCUCAGCACGGUGCAGCAGCGGGUUAAACCUCGCUAUCAUGUAUUCGGACACGUUCACGAAGGCUACGGGAUCACGUCCGAUGGGAGGAUUAUAUUUAUCAACGCUUCGACUUGUGACAUCAACUAUCUGCCGAACAACCAUCCGGUCGUGUUCGAUGUGACCCUACCGAAAGGCCGAACCAAGGAUGACGUGUAAGAAAGGGCUGAGCAAUCAAUCCAAUUAUAACGAGCUCAACCAAGUGGAAAAAUUUCUGAAUGUCGAAACAGCAUUCUCCUGG